AACGACGACGGAAUUUAAAAAGAACAACAUUGCUAUUAAAUAAAUAGCAUUUUAUCGUAAUCGUUUUCUCAUUACUUCAUAGUUCACGGUUGUCUGCUGCAUUGUUGCAAUGGUGUCCAACAGCUACACCAUUCUUCAGUACAAUUAACGAUGGUUUUCAUCAGAGCCUAUUCGAAUCGUAGUUGUAAUGCUCUCUCCGUGGCUAGUACGCGCUGUUAUCUGUUGAAAGGGUAUUUGGAUAGUCGUAAAAAUCAAAAAUGUCAAAAGUAUUCGACCAGCCCUGGUGUUUUGCCAAAGAACUGCAAAGUAGCGAUCUGCGGAGGUGGAGUCAUGGGAGCCUCUGUUGCCUAUCAUUUAGCUCAAUUGGGAUGGGGUCCACAAACCAUAGUCAUCGAACAAGACAAGUUAGGAGGUGGAGAGAAUUCUUUUUCAUCAGACCUAGUUGGUGUAUUCAAACCAACACUGAGUCAAGUCAGAAUCUGUCAAUCCAGUGUCAAACUUUACCAAGAAUUAGAAUCUCAAGGUUUUCAAACAGGCUGGAAGCAAUGCGGUAGCCUUUGUGUUGCCCGAACAAGAGAUCGCAUGAUUGUUUUUAAAAGAAUGAAAUCCCAAUCUGUUUCUUGGGGCAUUAAAUGUGAAAUAGUUGAUCCUCAAAAAGCAAAAGAACUCUGUCCACUUAUUAGAAUAGAUGACAUUAAAGGAGCCCUGUGGAUACCUGAAGACGGUGUUGCAGAUUCUUACAAGAUAUGUCUCUCUCUAUUAGAAGCUGCCAAACAAAAAGGUGUUGUAGUAUUUGAAAACUGUAAGUUAUUGGAAGUAGUCUGUGAUAAUGGUAAAGUUGUUGCCAUUGAUACAUCGAUGGGAUCAGUUGAUUGUGAUUAUUACGUGAACUGUGGAGGUUUUUGGGCACGUAAAAUUGGACAACGUAGUAAUCCUUCAGUUAAAAUACCUCUGCAUCCAGUUGAACAUUAUUAUCUCCGUACAAAUCCUAUACCAAAUCUUGACUCUCAAACACCAGUUGUACGAGAUCAAGAUGGCUCUAUAUAUUUUAGAGAAUUAAAUGGAUGUAUUCUGGCUGGUGGAUUUGAACUCGAAGCUAAACCAGCAUUUGAAAACGCAAAAUGUCCAGAUACUUCAGCUGGAAGACAGUUACCCGCUGACUGGGAUCACUUCCAUGUGUUACUUGAACAAUUAUUACAUAGAGUGCCAUCAUUAGCAAAUGCUUCACUUGACAGCUUAGUGAAUAUUGCUGAAACAUUUACUCCUGACUGUAAAUGGAUUGUUGGACAAGCACCCGAAAUUGCAAAUUACUAUGUUGCUGCCGGUAUGAAGACUGUUGGUAUAUCAGCUGCAGGUGGCGUAGGCCAAGGAGUUGCUCAAACCAUUGUUAAUGGAUAUUCACAAUACGAUUUAUAUGAAUUAGAAAUGAGCCGUUUUUUAGGAUUGCAUAAUAACAGAAGGUUCCUUAGAGACAGAGUAAGAGAAGUACCUGGCAGACAUUAUAGCAUCCAGUAUCCAAACAAUGAGUUUAAAACUGGACGUAAUCUAAGAAUGUCUCCAAUAUAUCCAAAGUUGAAAGAAGCCGGUGCUGUGUUUGAACAAGUCAUGGGAUAUGAAAGACCCAGUUGGUUUGAACCAGAACUAUCAAAAAUAAAUUUACACAGCUACACCGACACAAAAAAAUUCAUUAUGGCUAAAACUAAUACAUUUGGAAAACCAAAUUGGUUUGACAUUGUCGAGGCUGAGUAUGAAGCUUGUAGAGAAAACGUUAGUCUUUUAGAUUAUUCUUCUUUCACCAAAUUGGAUAUACAAUCUAAAGGCCGAGAAGUGGUUGAUUUGUUACAAUUCCUUUGUUCAAAUGAUGUGGACGUACCAGUUGGCAGUAUUAUUCACACAGGCAUGCAAAACGUUCGCGGAGGUUACGAAAAUGAUUGUAGUCUCAUUAGACUGUCGGAAAAUCAUUAUAUGAUGAUUGCUCCGACGAUCCAACAGACACGUUGCAAGAUUUGGAUUCAACGACAUUUGCCAAGUGAUAACUCAGUAUCCUUGACCGACGUCACUUCCAUGUUCACUGCCAUUUGUCUAAUGGGUCCUUUUACACGACACCUAUUAUCUGAAUUGACAGAAACCGAUCUUAGUCCUAAAUCAUUUCCAUUUUUCACUUAUAAAGAAUUAGAUGUAGGCCUAGCUAAUGGCAUUAGGGCUUUAAAUCUCACUCACACUGGAGAGUUAGGCUAUGUUUUGUACAUACCAAACGAGUUUGCUUUACAUGUUUACAAUUCAUUAAUUCAAGCUGGGAAAAAGUAUAAUUUGAAACAUGCUGGCUGUUAUGCAAUGAAGGCUUUGAGAGUAGAAAAAUUCUAUGCAUUUUGGGGUCAAGAUUUGGAUACAUCGACCACACCAUUAGAAUGUGGACGAUCUUGGAGAGUGAAGUUUGAUAAAGGAAUGAAUUUUAUUGGACGAGAUGCUCUGUUGCGUCAACAAGAGGAGGGCAUAAAGCGAAUAUACGUUCAAUUAUUGUUGAAUGAUCAUGAUCCAGAUACUGAAAUGUGGUCUUGGGGCGGUGAGCCAAUAUUUAGGGACAAGAAAUAUGUUGGUGCCACAACAACUACCAGUUAUGGGUUCACAUUUAAAAAACAAGUAUGUUUAGGAUUUGUUCAAAACUUAGAUAACCAUGGAAAUGCUCUUCCAUUAACAAACGAAUAUGUGUUGGCCGGAGAGUAUGAAGUAGAAAUAGCAGGUACGCGGUACCCAGCAAAAGUAAAUAUCAACAGUCCAAAUUUACCAACAAAAUAUCCAGAUAAGGAACGCGAAUCAUAUCUUGCCACUAGGGACAAAAUGGUAUCUGAACCUUUGUUGAGAAACAAUUGACAUUUCGUGCAGCAAAUUGAAUUCAUCCAUCCUACGAGUUUCCCUAAAUAUUAAAACAAAUUGAGUUUCCUAUUUUUAUUUAUCUCACCAAUUACCUAGAUCUUAUAUUGCUUUGAUUUUAUUGUCAAAAAAAAAAACAAAAAAAACAAAAGUAUUACAGACGUUAACUUGUAGCGUCAAUCUAUGUAAGUCGUAUAAGUUAUUGAAAUAACAUAAUGAAUAAUGUUUUUUGAUUCUCAACUGUAGUUAUAGAACUCGCGUCAAUAGUGUUACUUGUAGAAGUCAUAGUUAAUACAUAAGAAAAAAUUCAAUUGAUUGUACAUUUAUACCUACUGUAAAUUUCAAAAAAUUUCACAUAUUGUAUGUUGUAUUCAAUGAGAUUCUAACAGGUUUCUUUUUUUUAUUUGUCAAUUAUUAAGAUUCUGUGCAACAUUUAUUGUUAUACCUAGCUGUAAAUGCAAACUCUAGUCGUUAUGUAAUUUGUUGCUGACUUGUUUAGAUUACUUAUGGAUAUUCACAAAUUAUUUUCGAACUAUGACAGUGAAUAUAAAUCGAUUAUAAUAUUUGUAAAUCCUGUAAACUUUUCAAUACGUGAAUUUAGACUUUAAUUGUGUAUUACAAUAAACACUUUGUACAAUACAAAACAUUCUAUA